AUGGCCGCCAAAAUUGCACAAACUUUAGUAAAAAGCGUUUCUAAAUUUGAAAUACCACAUACUGGAAUUCCUAUUAUCAUACGACCUUUUGUUGUGAAGAAAGCUUAUGUUGUCCACCCAAAGGUGACCAGUUUUCAGGCAGAUUUGAAGGCACAGUGGCUCACAAAAACCUGUUUAAGAGAAGGCUUGCCUGCCUCCAUAUUUAGCCAGGACGACUUGUCAAAAGGGCAGUUUACAUUCCUUAAAGAAAGGAUGGAAAAGUCAUUCUUGCAAACCAUAGCUUCCCAAAAGAUAGGCGUGAAAUGGAAGAUGAAUUAUGAUGCUGACUUGCUAGAAAGCUUAUUUCCAAGUUUGCUGUUACAAUGUUGGCAUUUAGCAGAUAAUGUACAAGACAGUUUUCUCGACUUUCAACCGUGUAUAAGUACACAUUGGUGUCGUGAUCAUAACUUUUAUCAAACCACAUUUAGUCCUGGUUAUGUCUUACGUAUGGCAAAGCCUCUUCCAUUGUUUGAACAAGGUAAAGCAUUGGGUUCUGGGUAUCACUAGUGAUAAGACAAGGGGGGCCAAAUGUCACUUAAAUGAUUACCGGUAGUAAUUAAUUUAUAUUGCUUGAUAAUUUUAGAUGUUAACAGCACAAUAGCCAUUGACCUACCAGGACCCUAUCACCCAGUGGAUCUUGGCGUAUUCAGACACCCGACCAAUCACCUACCAAACUCCCCUGGUUACAACUCGGGCCACAAGACACCGUACCCAGCCACCAUGUUUCUUUCAGAUUUCAUGAGUCGAAACCAAGAACAAAUGUUGCAUCAUGGGAUACAUGUUAUGUUCAGUCAACUGGUUGCCAUGGCAAUGAAACAAGGCUACCACCCGGGGCAACAUCUCGACAAACCAAUGACAACUAAAUGCAUUAUCACAAAUGGUCGGGUGUGUACGUUUAUGGCAUACCAACUAAACACACUGUCAUUGCAAGAAGACUUUGGUAUUAAAAAUAUUGCAUGGUUUGAGAAUUUUAAAACUCUCUAUGAUGCAAACUCGGACCCAUUUAGGAAAGGACGCAAGACAUUUUAUGAAGUUUUGCCACCAGAAACUAAGUCACUUAUACUAAACGAAGAAUGUCUAAAAACAUUUAUAGCAUUUUUGACACAGAAAACAAAAUAA